AUGGCAACCAAAGAUCCCAUCACCUGCCACAUCCUCGACACGACCGCCGGCCGGCCGGCCAAGGGCGUGCGGGUGAAGCUGGAGGGCGGCCACGCGCCCCUCAAGAUAUUCGAGUCGCAGACGGACGACGACGGCCGCAUCAAGUCGUGGCUGCCCUACAGCAGCGAGCACGAGGCUGGCGACGUGCCCAUCUACACGCUCGAAGAGGUCCUGGGCGAGGUUGAGAACACCUCGACGUGGACGCUGCGGUUCUACACGGAGCCCUACUUUGGCGAGGGCAACACCUUUUUCCCCGAGGUCGUCGUCACUUUCAAGGUGCAAAAGGGCCAGCACUACCACGUCCCCCUGCUCCUGUCGCCUUACAGCUACUCGACAUACCGGGGAAGUUAA